AUGGAUAGCUCUAUUAACAGAAGCUUAUCCCCUCCAACCCCAUUCCCUACUCUCGAAACAAUCACUACUCCUCUUCCUACCACCAAUCUACCAAGUAGAACAAGAUCGAGAUCAGAUACACUUCGUUCAUCAACUGAGCGUCCUCAAUUAGAGGAUUUAAUCCCAGCAUCGCGCCGCGAUUCAAUUAACUCAAAUACAUCUGAUUCAAGCCUUUUGAACGCAGAACUCGAACGCCUUCGCGCAGAGGUCAUUCGGCACGAUCGAGAGCUUCAAGAUUCUGGCAUCGGUCUUGGAAUUUACGGAGAAGAAAUCGCAGCAGAAACUGAAAGUGAAGAAUUUAGUUAUCGUGGAGUUCAGAGCGCACGACCAUCUCCUCGUCUGCCAUCAGUUCGCCAGCCAAUUCCAGUUGUUGAACACCCUCUUACUACUGAUUUAAGAGCCCGUCGUCGUGGAUCGGUUAUUCACCACUCUCGAUCGUCUUCCGUCUCUUCACUUCCUUCUACUGAAGACCUUCGAGCCUUUCCAGAGCUCGACUACAGACCCAUUGUACAAGAGCCUUUCCACAAUCAAAUCGCACUCACUUCUUCCACCUACAAUCUUCCUCAACUUACCUCUGCGACAUACGUUCCCCCACCUCAACCACCCAAGACACGUAAGGAUCGUAAGAUGAAUUAUCAGGGUUUCGGUGAUCCAAAUCAAUCCGGCCAACCAUCCAACUCUAGACAAGCACCACCAUCGCCAGGUCAAGGUAUGGCUCAUACAAACGGAAUGAACGGUCAAAUGAACAUGGCCGGAAUGGCUAACAUGAUUGGCUUUCCAACUCCUGCUGGACAUCAAUCUGACCUCAAUUAUAUCAUGGUUAUGGUUGAAGAAUUGAGCCGCCUUUUAGCCGCCAAUCAGAAAAUCACCGAUAGUAUUCUUGAGAAGAUCGGAAAUGUUCCUGGUUCAGAGAAUCUCGAAAUCGAGAACGCUCAAUUGCGUAGAGAAGUCGAAUCAUCCAAGGCUGAUGCUGACGAAAAUUGGAAAUUGGUUCUUCAUGCUGCUGGUAUCCUUGAGGACAUCAAGGAGAAGGCCCACAAUUACAAAUUCCAACAUGAGAAGGACACUCUUGCCUGGCACAAGAGUUACCGUGAUCAACUCGCUCAAGAACGCAAAGAGAACCUUGAACUUCGUUGCCACAUCGCAGAUAUGCAAGCUCAUGCUGCAAAGGCCAAUGAUUAUAUUAAUCAGCUUCGUCGUUAUGCUUCCGAGAACAAGAUCAUUACUGAGCUCACAACUCAAGUUCAUCAAUAUAAGGGUGAACGUCGUUAUUGGAAGCGUAUGGCUUGUCCUGGUCUCAUUGAAGAUCCUAGCGAGUGGUCUGAUGGUGAAGGUGGUGCCACUGGCGAUAUCCCUGAGGCCGAAAAGAUCGCGUGCGCCCCGUGGAUUGCUGAACGUGAAGAGAUGGCACGCAUCCUUAAUGGCGAUGGUGGAUCAUCUUAAAUCUCUUCCUUUUACAUACACAAUUACGAUAAAAUGGCGUUAGGAAGAAGGAUUUUUUUACGGCACAAACCUUUCUCACGGAAAUUGGCGUAAUGGAAUGGGUAUACCCGAUUUCUUUUACUCGAUAGCAUGUACAUCUGGAUGAAUGGAUGGACAUGGAGAACGGAAACUUGUUUGAUGAAAUUCUUGUAUUAAUGUAUUCUGGUUGCACAUUGGGAAUGGGAAUGGAGCCCGCGGUUUCAAGCUGUGCAUCGAAUGUGGCGAAUCUGGUUUUUCUUCUACUCGACGGCAAACACUCACGAUAUCACAACUCGCUCUCUUUUCUGAGAUCAUCUUUCUUUCCUUUUUUUCCUUCUUUUUUGAAGCGAAGUAAAGGAGAUGUAAAAGGUGCAGAGAUGUCGAUGGGUUGACUAAGGACUUUCCUAAGAUUUUAUGAAGAUGAAAUACUUGAAUGGGAUUGUAAUGCGGUCUUUGGGUUGUUUUGUUCGUCGGUAGGUAGGUAGUUUGUUCGUUACACGAUAGUUUAGUUAAUUCAACAUGGAUGGAUAUGCCUCAGCGCAUAAUUCAUAUACUUUACUUUA